GAUGGGCAGUAGUGCGACGGAACCUACCAUCGGCGAGUAUCAGUGGACGGAGGGACACUUCUUCUCCUUACUACUCUUACUCGUCUUGCAAUAAGCCCUCUCCACUAGAGUACUACUCACAGUCGCCAACCAUUGUUGAGGAGUAGACUGCCGAGCGGCAAGGGUGUGUUGGUGGAGUGUUGGUGCGAUUGCGUUUCUCCGUAGGUACCGUACCGUACCCGAGAGACGGAGGUUCUACACUAGGAUAGUGUAGGACACGCGCGAGAAGAAGUAGUCUUGCUCGCGCUGUCACUCACACCAAGUCAACAGGACAACAAAGAGUGUGUUUGUGUGUGUACCACAACAAAUUUGAAAUAACCUACAGCUGCACACGGCUCAUCAUGUUGCCGACGGGUUGGUUUACCAAAACGAAUCGUUUGCGUCUGUCGACUUUGGAGCAUUGGCUUCCGGACGGUGGUGGCGCUGGAGCUCCGGUAGAAGGCCAUCUGCACCUAACCUUGCCGGAUCUCGUGACGAACGGAUGGACUUGGUCGACGGUCUACAAUUUCUUGGACGAUGAUUCCACACUCCGCGUCGUCUGGGUACAACCCCACGAUGCCUUUCUGAUACCCGGCGGUUUGGACGAUAUCUUUGGACAACAGCCGCACUUUCACGGCUACACCCGACGAAUUUCCGUCCAGGUACUGACCGUCACGGGCUUGUUCAUGAAUACCUACUCGGACUCGUACGAAAACUACAUGACCGUUUCGGUCUACGCAAACUCGCCGGCCCAAGCCGCCUUGACCAUUGGCGAUCUCUUUCGGCUCAUUCCGUCGAGUCGUCUGGAAGGACUCCGCCUCGUCAGUAACCAGGGCGAAGAAUUUCCUCUCGAUAGUCACGUCACCCGACAAUUUCUGGAAGCCAACCAGCAUCUGAAAACGCUGCAGUUCCUUUACGGAACCUUCAGCGAAGAACACUGCCGCGUUAUUGCCAAUACCAUGCGGACGACCCAUUUGCAUUUCCGGGAAGCCCAAUUGCGCGAUGAUGGACGGGCCCUCAUUGAAUGCCUCCGGAAUAAUCAGGGACCAACGCGCUUGACGCUCGACGAUACACAGAUCUCUGAACACAACCUGGAGGCAAUUGUCGAUAGUAUACAGGCCAAUCAACAACUGAAACGCUUGGGACUUUCGGAUAUGAAGUUGACGAACCAGUUGGUACAAACUCUGUCCGCCACGUUACGGAAAAAUCGGUGGUUGGUCGAAUUAGAUUUGACCUGGAACAGCAUCAGUGACGAAAACUGGAGCGAUUUGAAUCUUACCAUUCGCGAUCAUCCGACCCUGCAAGCUUUGAAUCUGUACGCCACGACCAAUGCGGGCGUCGGAGAAAUCCCCACCUCGCGCAAAAUAUCGCGAACGCUCGCGAUUUGGGAUAUGGUCCGCAAAAACGAGAUCCUGCAGGAAAUCAACCUAUCUUCGACUGAAAACGAUGAAAACCUCAUGCCGAAUAUCCGCGGCUGCCUCGUCCUCAAUCAGCAUCGUCCUAAAAUGGAACGGCUUUGUGCCGAAACCGUGUACCAACGGCAAACGCUCCUGGGACGAGCCUUGGUGGCCGCCGGACGACAGGAAACAUAUGGGCCGGAUCUACAGUUUUUGCUGGUCUCGCGGAAUGUGGAAACCAUCUUGGCCGCGCCGAGGCAAUCCCGCCCCUUCCCCGAGAACAAGCGUGCACGCGUGAUAUAG